AUGAAUGAAUUCAAAAAAUAUCUAUCAGCUUGUAAACAUCUGAUUGCGAUUACUGGUGCUGGGAUAAGUGCUGAAAGUGGUAUUCCAACUUUUAGAGGAGAAGGAGGAAUAUGGAAAAAGUGGUCAGCACAAGAAUUGGCCACUCCUCAAGGCUUUAAAAGAUCACCAAAGUUAGUUUGGCAAUUUUAUCAUUAUCGUCGUGAACUUGUUAACAAAAAAUUCCCCAAUCAAGCACAUUUAGCUUUGGCGUCUAAAGAAAAGGAAUUUCAUGCAAAUAAUAGAAAAUUUACAAUUAUAACUCAAAAUAUUGAUGAACUUCAUCAUAAAGCAGGGUCAAAAAAUGUAAUUGAACUUCAUGGUUCUUUAUAUAAAGUCAAGUGCACCAUAUGUAAAGAUAUAACUGCAAAUUAUGAUAGUCCUAUAUGUGAAGUUCUAAAAGCUAAUGAAAAUUUUGACCAAGAUAUUGAUGAACAACUUUUGCCUAGAUGCCAAAAAAGUGUGAAUAAUAUACUGUGCAAUGGAUUAUUAAGACCCUAUGUUGUAUGGUUUGGUGAAAAUUUGGAUACCAAUAUCUUAAAUAAAGCUUACAAUGAAGUAGAUACAUGUGAUUUAUGCUUAUUAAUUGGUACGUCAUCUCAAGUAUAUCCUGCAGCAAUGUUUGCACCUAGAAUUUUAGAAAGAGGAGUACCUGUUGCAGAAUUUAAUUUAGACAGUCCUACAUUAAACGAAUAUGUCCACUUUAAUAAAAAUAAAACAAAUGAAACUAAAUUUUUCUUUUUUGAAGGGUCAGCUGGAAAAACUUUACCUGAAUUAUUAAGCUAAUAAUCUAUUUUAUGAUUAUAUAACAUAAAAAUCUUUUAUAUUCCUUUAUCCUUCUAUUAUGAUAUAAACCUAAAAUGAUGUUAAAUAAUAAAUAUUCACCUUAAUAUAAUGAUUUUAAAUUAUAUUAAUAUAUUCUCAAAAAGAUUUUAUUUAUAUAUUAUAAUUUGCUGA